AUGCACAACCUGGAGGAGCAGGCCGCCAUGGUGGACCGUAGGAACGGUCUCAUGGUGGCUGAAAUUGAGGAGCUGAGGGCAGCUCUGGAACAGACAGAGAGAGGCCGCAAAGUGGCUGAGCAAGAGCUUGUGGACGCCAGCGAGCGCGUUGGACUGCUGCACUCUCAGAACACAAGCUUGUUGAACACAAAGAAGAAGCUGGAAAGCGACCUGGUCCAAGUCCAGGGUGAGGUGGACGAUAGUGUACAGGAAGCCAGAAAUGCUGAAGAGAAGGCCAAAAAGGCCAUCACUGAUGCAGCCAUGAUGGCUGAGGAGCUGAAGAAAGAGCAGGACACUAGCUCUCACUUAGAGAGGAUGAAGAAGAACCUGGAGGUCACAGUGAAAGACCUGCAGCAUCGCCUGGAUGAGGCUGAGAACCUGGCCAUGAAGGGUGGCAAGAAGCAACUUCAGAAACUGGAGGCCAGAGUUCGUGAUCUGGAGGCAGAGGUUGAUAAUGAACAGAGACGUGGAGCAGAUGCUGUAAAAGGUGUCCGCAAACAUGAGAGACGGGUCAAGGAACUCACCUACCAGACUGAGGAGGAUAAGAAGAAUGGUUGCAGACUCCAGGAUCUUGUUGAUAAGCUGCAUCUGAAGGUGAAGGCUUACAAGAGGCAGUCUGAGGAAGCGGAGGAGCAGGCCAACUAUUACCUGUCCAAGUGCAGGAAGGUUCAACAUGAGCUGGAGGAGGCUGAGGAACGUGCUGACAUCGCCGAGACUCAGGUCAACAAGCUGAGGGCCAAGAGCCGUGACUCUGGAAAGGGAAAGGAGAGUGCUGAAUAA